AUGGAGAAUUCUAAUCAAGAAUACAUCGCAUCGAUUCCACAUAAAAAUGAAUUGCGUUAUGAAAAUACACGAUUACACUUUUAUCCGAUAAAGAUUAAAAUACCAUAUAUACAAUUGAAAGACUUAGGUUUGUUAGAUUCAUUGAUAACAGAAUUUCAAGCGAAUGAUAAUGGUAUUAUCGAUUUAAAGAAAUAUUGCAAAUCGGUUUAUAUAUUGCCUAGUAUGAAAACAGUGAGACUGGUAUCCGUAUCUAAAAAAAUUCCUUCUAAUUGUCCUUUUGUAAAUUAUAAUGAGCUACGUAAAUAUUGGAUAGAUAUGAAUGGCUAUUAUUUACCCGAAACAGAAGAAGGUAUAAUAUAUUACGAAGUAAAAUUCCAUGCAUCUAGAGGCGAUAAUUUUAUAUAUCCCAGUAUAUGCGUGGUAAAAGGACCUUUUCAAUAUAUCCCUUGCAAAGAUGGAAAUAAUAUCAUUUCACAAUUUAUUCAUGAUCUAUGUAAUACAUUGAACAAAGUAUGUGACAAACAGUUGUAUAUAUACAAUAGUAACAAAGAAAUAAAUCAUCCAUUGAAAUUAUCAGACGAGUUGGAUACAAGUAAAGUGAAUAUUUCAAAUGAAAAUGUGGAUAUGAUUGAUAAAAAUUGUAACCAACAAUUAGGGCCUACGAUUAGAUACGAAUAUGGUAUUCCUAUAAAUUUCAGUUAAUUGAAAUAUUUUGUAUUAAAACCUCUUACUGUCAUAUCUAAUAUUCAUCUAAUAUUAAUGUUGCUAUUUUAUAUUAUUAAUCUAGACAGAUCUAGCAGAACCACGACUCCGUUAAGUGUUAAGAAAUUAAAUGACAGAGAAAAUUAUCUAAAUUAUUUGGAAAGAUCUGAACAAUCCAUGAAUUUUAAUAAAAAUAAACAAAUAAGUCAACCUUCUUUGAGUGCUCCUAUGAAGAAAACAAAGACUCUAAAUGAUGAGAACAAAGUGCAAGUAGUUAAUGAAAAUACUUCCUCAUUUUUUAAGGAAAUAAACUUAUUGUUGGAUCAAAAUAUGCUUUAUAAAGUAAUUACUUUAAUUAUUAUAAUCUUUAUCAAUUAUAAUUAAUCCAAU